CCGGAAUCUGGGGAAGCUUCAACCCCAACUUGCCGAUGCUCAUUUCAACUCACCACACCACCUCACUUUGCAACCUCCGCAUUCUCCUUUCAAUAUACAAUUGAGCUGUAGCAGCUUUAUUCCAACAUGGCUCAACGCGCUGCCCAAAUCGCCGGCCACCUCAAUUAUCCCAAUGGACUCCUCGCCGGACAAGUAGCUAUCAUCACUGGCUCUGGGCAAGGAAUCGGCGCUGAAGCAGCUCGUUUGUUUGCGAAUGAAGGGGCCAAAGUCGUGGUCUCAGACAUCGAUGCAGAGAGAGCCAAACAGGUGGCCGAGAACAUCAACAAAUCAGGCGGGAAAGCAAUCGCGGUCCCGGGGGAUAUGCUAGAUGCUGAAUAUCUGAAAACUCUAGUGAAGAAGACCGCAGAGUUUGGGAACGGCAAGAUCCACAUUAUUGUCAACAAUGCAGGAUAUACUUGGGACGGGGUAAUCCACAAGAUGACCGAUAAACAAUGGGAGAAUAUCAUAGCCCUGCAUAACACCGCACCCUUCAAACUUGUCCGCGAAGCCGCCCCCUACUUCCGCGUCACAGACGGCGAGCCCCGCUGCAUCAUCAACAUCUCCUCCACCUCGGGCGUGCACGGCAAUGCAGGCCAGGCAAACUACGGUCUCGCGAAGUCGGGCAUCAACGGGUUGACGAAAGUCAUUGCGAAGGAAUGGGGUCCGAAGUUUGGGGUCAGGGCGAAUUCGAUAGCGUUCGGGCAUAUUUUGACACGCCUGACGGCUGCGAAGGAGGAGGGUGCGUUUGUCACGACGCCGGAUGGCGAGAAAGUUGCGCUUGGUAUCCCGAAGGGGACGGGGUCGCUGAAAGACAACGCUUAUGCCGAUAUCCCACUGGGUAGACCGGGUACGGCAACGGAGGCUGCAAACAGCAUUCUUGCUGUUGCGAGCCCGCUAUUUGGGUACAUUACUGGGCAGGUCAUCAUGGUCACCGGAGGUAGGAAUAUGUAAGGAGCCAUAAAAACUGUUCUGGAUACUGCCACUUCCUGCAAAUGUGUUCUCCCGAGACAGCCAAGCCCCUACUGAUUCCGCUUUUGGUCUUUGCCCCAUGAUAGUAGAAUGAGACUUCGG